AUGAAAAUUACAGACAAAUUACAGAAACACCAUGAUGUUUCACCAAAGGCAACAUUUUCAUUCGAAUAUUUUGUACCAAAGACAACACAAGGUGUGCAAAAUUUAUAUGAUAGAAUGGAUAGAAUGUAUCAAUCGUCUUUACCACAAUUUAUCGACGUUACUUGGAAUGCAGGUGGUCAAACAAGUAAAUUAUCACAAUCCUCAACCGAGUUAGUCUCUACGGCACAAAGUGUACUGGGUUUAGAAACAUGUCUACAUCUAACGUGUACUAACAUGCCUGUAUCUGAUAUCGAUGACGCCUUGAAGGAAGCUUAUGAUAGCGGUUGUCAAAAUAUUCUAGCCUUAAGAGGAGAUCCACCAAGUAAUGAUUAUAAAUGGGAACCAUGCAAAGGUGGUUUCCUAUAUGCUAAAGAUUUAGUGGCAUAUAUUAGAUUAAAAUAUGGUAAUCAUUUUGAUAUCGGUGUCGCAGCUUACCCUGAAGGCCAUCCUGAAGAGAAAGAUUCUAUUAAAAAUCUAAAUUAUUUAAAACAAAAGAUUGAUGCAGGUGCAAAUUUUAUUAUUACUCAAAUGUUUUAUGAUGUCGAUAAUUUUAUUAAUUGGUGUCAUAAUGUUAGACAAUUUGGUAUUGAAGUACCAAUUAUUCCCGGAAUUAUGCCAAUUACAACAUAUUCCGCUUUCUUAAGAAGAUGUCAAUGGGGUUCAAUUAAUAUCCCUUUACAUUUUAGUCAAAGUUUAGAACCAAUUAAAGAUGAUGAUGAAUUGGUAAGAGCUAAAGGAACAGAUUUAGUAGUAGAAAUGUGUCAAAAACUUUUAGAUAGUGGCUAUAUUAACCAUUUACAUCUAUAUACAAUGAAUCUUGAAAAAGCUCCAAUGAUGAUACUUGAAUUAUUAGAUUUAUUACCAACAGAAGCUGAAUUCAUUAAUGAUCCCGUAUCUGUAUUGCCUUGGAGAAAAUCCUUAAAUCCACAAAGACGUAAUGAAGAAGUUAGACCAAUCUUUUGGCAAAGAAGACCUUAUUCGUAUGUAGCAAGAACGUCUCAAUGGACAAUUGAUGAAUUUCCAAAUGGUAGAUUUGGUGAUUCCUCAUCUCCUGCAUUUGGUGAUUUGGAUUUAGUCGGAUAUUCUUUAUUUAGACAAUCUCCACAAAAGGCUUUACAAUUAUGGUCAACUCCAAAGACAAUGCAAGAUAUUAGUCAAUUAGUUAUUAAUUAUUUACAAGGGAAACUUGUUUGUUUGCCUUGGAGUGAUACCCCUUUAAAUCAUGAAGUUGAUACCCUGUUGACACAUCUUAUUAUGAUGAAUAAAAAUGGUAUUAUUACAAUUAACUCACAACCAAGAAUUAAUGGUGAAAGAUCAAAUGAUAAGAUUCAUGGUUGGGGUCCAAAGGAUGGUUACGUUUAUCAAAAACAAUAUUUAGAAUUUUUAUUGCCAAGGGAAAAAUUAUCAAAAUUAACAGAGAUUUUAAAAGGUAAUGAAAUUAUGACAUAUUUUGCAAUCGAUUUUAAUGAUAACCUUUCAACAAAUCAUCCAGAUGGUUCAAAGGCAAACGCUGUCACUUGGGGGAUUUUCCCUGGUAGAGAAGUAUUGCAACCAACAAUUGUUGAGAAAGUAUCAUUCCUAGCUUGGAAAGAAGAAUUUUAUAGAAUUUUAGAAGAUUGGAAAUCAAUCUUUAUUAAAGAUAAUGAUAAUGAAAGUAUUCAAUUAUUAAAUUCUUUGAUCAAUGAUUACGUUCUAGUUAAUAUUGUCGAUAAUGAUUUUGUCUCAACAGAAGAUCAAAUAUUCACUUUAUUAAUGACUUUGUGA